UUGACGGCAUUCCAAUUUCUAUUCGUUAUUAUUCAUUUUGCCAACCAUUUCAAAGAGAAUAAAGGUAAUCAAUAUAACCAACCAUAGCUUCGCGUUCGAUUACGGGCAUUUGCAGCCUCAUGCGCUUCAAGUUGUAAUAUUAUUUUCAAAAGGUCUAGUUUUGUAAAUAAGUGACUACUAUCGGUUAGACGGAAAAAUCGUUAAAAUGUAUAGAAAUAAAAAAGACGUUGAUAAGCACGUCGAAAAUUUGCUGAACAAAAUAUCUUCGAGAGAGUUUAAAAGUCGUGCUUAUUCCAUCGCUCGGUUGUAUUUUGAAGUUGGCGAUUUUGCGAAUUGCCAAAAAUAUGUUGAGCAAUAUCUUACUCAAAAAGAUAACAAUGCAGCGGCUUAUAAACUUCUCGGACAAGCUUUGCAGAAGAUGGGACAAAAAGAAAAGGCUUUAGAACAAUACAAAACUUCCCUGGACAUUGACCCAGCCCAGACAAGCACUAUUCUAGACAUUUGUGAACUUCUAGCUGAUUAUGAUGUGGAAAUAGAACCUGGACGUGCAAAAUACUGGUGUGAAAAAGCAGAAGCAAUAUUCCCUAGACACCCUGUUACUUUUCGACUCCGUGAAAGACUUCUAUCCUUGCAAAAUCCAAAUCCUGAAGCACUAGUCAAAUUAAUAACCACAGAAUUGGCAAUAAGACCAAAAGAUGCACAACUUCAUGCACGUUUAAUAAAACAUUAUAUUAGCACAAAUAAAUUAAAAGAAGCUUUUGAACACAGUUGCAAUAUUGAGUUUGGUGAAAAUUUUUUCAUGAGUAAUUAUGCUUGGUAUGAAAUUUUAGCCAAUCUUGUGGUAAAUAGUGGAAUUAACCAUAAUGAAUGGCUGUACCAGUUAUUGCUUUUAACUGUUAGAGAACGUUUGUGUGUCUUAAGUUUAACUGAAACACCAAGUGGUACAUCAAAAAGCUUAGUAGAGUCACAAGAGUUUCUACAAGCCUAUGAUCAGUCAAUUGAAAUAGUUGCAAAAACAGGUCCUAGUCCUGGCCAUGGAGAUUUUCAUGCAAGUUUGCUUCAACAUCAUAAAGGACAAUUUAGCUUACAUGCUGCUACACUGUUACUGAAGAGGGCAAAGAAAGACCAGUUGAAUUGGAGAGAUGCUGUAAAAUAUGCUGCACCAUUGAUGUUAAUAGCAUGGCAAACAUUACCACUUGAUCCAAAAGUAAACUGGGUUAAACAUGCCCCAGAAAAACAGUCAAAUGCAGUUAGACGGUGGUUUUCUGAAGGAACAUACAGGUGCUCUCAAGCAGGUCAUUAUCUUUUGUCAAAUAUUCAAGAUAAGAAUCAAAAAUUAGAUCAAAUAUCACAUACACUUGUUGGAACAACUUGGAGGGAAACAAUCUAUGAAAAAAUUUUUAAUAAAAGAAGUCAAUUGGAACUAAUUAAAUCUUCAUAUUUUGCAUCAGACGCUUAUAAACCUCCAGUUUUAAGACUACCUCGCAAAAUUGAAGUUGAAGCAUAUGAUGAUGAUGCUCAAAAAGUAUUUGGAAAUUCACUACACCAUUAUGUGUGGACACUUCUGAACUAUAAAGAUUACACUCAAUUUCGAUGCACUCUUUUUAAUUUAUCAACUGUAACAAUGAGUAGCUGUGGGCCCGAAACUUUAAAUAAUCUAGAUAUUUAUGCAUUUCUAUACUGUGCUACGUUAACUGCCCAUCAACAAAAACUUACCAGGAUGUCUUAUGUUUCCACUGACAAACCAAAUGUUUUACCUGCUCAUAUUACAGAUUGCCUCUGUACACUUUCGCAAAUGAAAUGGUGGGAUUGUGCUUAUAAAUUUUGUCAAAGUGAAUUAGGUACUGAGCUUACAGAUAUUAGAGCCACAUUGAGUCAAGGUAUAGAGGUUGUUAGAUGUGUUGAUAACCAUGGUCUUGAUCCACAUCUUCUUUGUUUACUGGGACAAUUAUUUAAUAACAAAGCUAAAUCUAUUUCAAAUUUCGAAGAGAAGAAUCAUUGGAAAUUCCGUGCAGCAUUAUACUACUCUUCUUCAAUUCCUCUGCUUGAAAAGUUGAUUAACAAAAUUUUUGUAAAAAUACCAGAAAAGAGAAUGUUUGCCUAUAUCAACAAGGAACAUAACUCUAAAGAAUUGAAUUCUUUAAUAGAAGAGAGCAAAUUAUAUGUUGCAUCUCAUCAUUUUGAUGAAAAUGAAUAUGACAAAGUUAUUGACAUUGCUUCAUCCUUAAAAUCUCCAGAAGCUUACUACCUUCUUGGUCAAACAUAUACUAAAAUUGCUGUUUUAGAAAAUGAUAAUUCUAAAGAUUUUUCAGUUAAUACUAAUUCAAGCUUUUUUGUAAUGAUGAAAAAAGCUAAGCAUUAUUGUUACAAAGCCUUGGACAGGCUUAGACAAAUUGAACCUGACAGAAACCACCCUUUGUAUGUCAACAUCCAGGAUUUGAUAGAAAACAUUAAAACUUACUUAAACAGAGCAGAUCCUGAUGUAUCAAUAAAUGACAAUUUCAAGGAUGACUCUGAUUCAUCUGUUGACCUUUUGCCAGUCCGAGCUACCGCACAACAUACUCGUAAUCUGAGUUCUACGCCUAAACCUAAACCUAACCUAAACAACUCAAAUAUGACAAAUUAUCGAACAGCGGUUGAUUCUCAAUUCAUGGACACUUCAAGAAUUGAUCAUCAAUUUUUAGAAAGAAUAGAGACAGAAAUCAGAAACUUAAACAAGAGAGAUGCUACAAUUAAUGAUUUUAUGCAACAAACAAGAAUAUGGUUUGAUGAGAAUCGCAACUUAGGAAAUCAAAUAACUAACACUAUUCACUCUAAUGUCCAAAUAACUACGGAUCAAAUAAAACUUCUAAAAAUUUCAGUAGAUCAUGUAAAGGAUCAAAUAGACCAGUGUAGAAAUGAAUGCAAAGAUGUCGGUGAACUAAAAAAGCAAAUUGCUGAAUUAAAAAUAGAAGUAAACAAGUUAAAAAAACCAGCAGAAGCAAGUGAUGAGAGUGAUUUAUACAAUACAGAUAAAGAAUGCAGAAAUAAUGAGAACACACCAGGCUAUGCUACACAACUACCUUAUAGUCCUGCUCAAGCUAUGGCUUCAUAUAAUCAGAGACUUGUUCCACCUUUUCCAGCACCACCUAAUUCAUACCAUUUAUAUGGACAAAAUUUUUAUAACUUAUACAAUCACUACGCCCAAAUAGCUCAAACGUCAACACCUGGAACUGCUCCUAUAUUUGAACAUGCCAGGUCCCAAAUGGCGCAAUAUCCAGGUGUAUAUCCAACACCAGAACAGAUGUUUUUAGAUAUUGCACAACUUGUUCCACCAGCUGUACCAGUACCCCCAGUUCCGACUGUCCCAGUGCCUUCAGCUCCGACUAUCCCAGUUGUACCAGCUACACCAAUAACUACUGUUACAACAACAGAUAAAUCAACAGUUCCGGUUAUUUCAACACAAUCUUCAAUAUCUAAAUUGGUAAAUAAAACAUCCAAAGAGACAGCUAAAUCGUUACCUGUCAAUGUUGUGAUAACAUCUUCUGAUCCAUUACCUACAUGUACUACAGCACCACCUCCUAUACUGAGUGUCACUAUUCCUCCUAAACAUAUAAAAAGCUCCCCUCAUAAUUAUCAAAUUCCUAUGCCAUCUGUGGAUGAAACAAAAACAGUGUCACCAUCCGUUUUUAGUAUUCCAAAUUCAGGAAUAACUGUGAGUUCAUCGACAAAUUGGAGUCAAUCAUCCAUUUUUAAAACAACGCAGUCAAUUCCUGUACUCAACAAGAUGGGUGAUAUAUCAUUGAUAAAGGAUGCUGCUAAAACUGAAAUUAAUAAUGCCAGUAUUGAUCCUUCACCAAAUGCUAGUCUUAAUAAAUCGAGAACAAUAUCAGAACGUAGCAAUACAUCUAUUGAAAGCUAUGAUCCAUGUCCAGACUUCAAGCCGAUAGUACCAUUACCUGCCGAAAUAAAAGUGAAAACCGGAGAAGAAGAUGAAUUUACAAUUUUUUCUUCAAGGGCUAAAUUGUUUAGGUUUGUAGACAUGCAAUGGAAAGAAAGGGGCCUCGGCGAAAUUAAAUUAUUAAAACAUAAAAUUACUGGAAAAGUAAGAGUUUUGAUGAGACGUGAACAAGUUCACAAGAUUUGUGCUAAUCAUGUAAUUACUUCUGAAAUGGAAAUUUCACCAAUGAAAAAUGAAACAAAGGCCUAUUUUUGGGUCGCCAACGAUUUUGCAGAUGAAGCAGUGGUACUUGAAAUGUUUUGCAUACGUUUCAAGACUUCUGAUAUAGCACAGGAAUUUUAUAGAAAUUUUGAAAAAGCACGCUUAGAAGCAGCUAAUUCAAAGACUGUUGAAAUCCACACUGACAAACAUGAUUUAAAAAAUACUACCAAGGCAUCUACCCCUAGUGACGUUUCUUCCAAAUCUGAAGACCAUCCUAAAUCUACUCCUGGUAAAUCUGUGCUUGGAGGAUUCACUUUUAGUAGUACACCAAACAUAAAACCAAUUAAGGAUGAAAAAGAAGUCUGUUCUAAACCAACUGAAACAACUGUAGGUAAAUCCAACCCAUUUACUGGCUUUUCUUUGAAAUCUAUGUCAAGUUCACCAUUUUCCAAUUUGUCAACUGUGAAUACGAAUAUAUUUAGUAAAAAUACUACACCUCCACAAGACGCUGCUAAAAAAUUAAACAUAUCUGACACAGUAGAGGACUUUGAACCCACUGCAGAAUUUAAACCAGUUGUACCUUUACCUACAUUGAUUGAUCAAAAAACUGGAGAAGAAGACGAAAAUGUGUUGUUUGAGAACCGUGCUAAACUCCUACGUUUCGAUGCUUCAGACAAAGAAUGGAAAGAGCGAGGACUAGGUAAUAUGAAGUUACUUAUACACAAAGAAAAUACCCAAAAAGUACGAUUACUAAUGAGACGAGAACAAACUUUGAAAGUAUGUUGCAAUCAUUCAGUAACAAAAUUUAUGAUAUUCCAAAAAAUGCAGAAUAUGGAGAAAGCUGUUACUUGGUGCGCUAAGGACUUUUCAGAAGGAGAACUGGUAACACAAACAUUUUGUUUGCGUUUUAAAACUCCAGAGCAAUGCGGAAAAUUUAUUGAUGCUGUAAACAUGGCACAGAAAAAUAUGGAAGAUGAAUCAAAAACUUCCAAGGAAGGAAACAAUGCAGCCACACAGAACAAUCAAACUGGAUUUGGAGAUAAAUUUAAGUCAAAACCAGGGUCUUGGUAUUGUGAAACAUGUUAUACCAAUAACUUGGAAAGUUUUGACAAAUGUGCUUGUUGUGAACAACAGAAACCACAACUUGUUGUGAAUAAUAAAGAAUUAGGUUUUGGAGACAAAUUCAAAAAGCAUCCAGGAACAUGGGAGUGCCCGAUGUGUUUAAUUCGCAAUGAAAUUGGAGUAAAAAAUUGCAUUGCCUGUAAAACACUUAAAGAUCCUUCAGAAACAAAUAAUAAACCAGAACCAGAAGUACAACCAUUGCAAUAUUCUUAUGGAAUACCUGGUCAAAAUGCUAAAACCUUAGAAAAUAAAACAAUACAGUUUCAAAAUACAAAUAUUCAAAUAUCAACUGAUUCAAAAGCUUCUAUUCCGAAAUUUAAAUUUGGUAUUGCACCAGCAUCACAUGAAUCAAACGAGGAAACUAAUUCAGAAGUUGAUGCACCCACUUCCACAUCUAUAUUUGAUGGUACUGGUACACACACAUUUAAAUUUGGUAUUCCAUCAAAUUUGACUGUAAAGCCCCAAAAUUCACUUGAAAUUAAAAAACCAAUGAGUACAAUGUUUGAUUCACCUAAGACUUCAGUAGCUGCUGAAAAACCUUUGAACAUAAAUUUAAAAAUAGAACAUGAAAAUGAGAGUAACACAGCUGUAUUAUCUAAAUCAAAAGAUCUUACGUUUGGUUCUAAUGAAAGUGGAACAUUCAAUUUCGUUUUUAAACCAAAAACUCCAGUAAAAUCCAAGAGUCCAUUGAAAAAUCCAAAAAGUCCUGGUGAGGACAGUGAUGGAAAUGAUGAGUGUGUGUCAGAAGAGGAGUCGUCCCAGAUACAAUUUACACCUGUUAUUCCCUUGCCUGAUGAGGUUCAAGUUGUAACUGGGGAGGAAAAUGAAACUGAACUUUAUGGCCACAGAGCCAAACUAUAUAGAUUUAUGGCUGGCGAAUGGAAAGAAAGAGGAAUCGGAGUUGUAAAAAUUUUGAAACACAAAGAUACAGGCAAGUUAAGAGUUGUAAUGCGACGGGAGCAAGUUCUAAAAAUAUGUUUAAAUUAUGCAUUAGCGCCUGAAAUUACAUUUACUCCCAAAGAUGAAAAAACGUGGUUGUUUGCUGCUAAUGAUUAUAGUGAGGGAGAGUUAAGCUUACAACAAUUUUGCCUUCGAUUUGCAAAUAAAGAAACAGCUACUGAGUUCAAAGACGCAGUUGAUAAAGCCAGGGAUGGUAAAUCUAUUGAAAUAAUGAAAAAAGAUGAUAAAUGUAAUUCAGAAAGUAUUUCUGGAAAGAGUGAACAAAAUAUUGAUGAGGAUGAUGUUAUUUUUGUGAGUGAAACAGUUGCCACUGUGGAAGAAAAACAGAAAGCAAAGGAUCUAUUACUUCCGGAAAACUUUUACAAUUACAAAUGUAAAGAUCCAUGUCAAGGAUGUCGGGGUUGCAAAGAAAAUGAGUUUGUAAAAAAAACUGAUUCUCCAGUUAAUAUUAGCAACUCAACAAAUCCACUAGAACAUAUGACUAUGGCAGCUCUUCUAUCGACUCCUAGUAAAACGACUCCAUCUUCAUUUCAAAGUCCUACUAAUUCAUUGUAUGGCACUCCAUCUAAUUUUGAAAAGACUUACGAUACCUCAAUUUUCCGUACUCCACUAGGAUCAAUUGGCUCAUUAAAAUCCGAUACACCUACAUCAACAAUAAAAAAAUCUGAUCUUUUAAUUAGCAAAGAAAAUGAUUCAAUACAAAAACCCUCAGUUUAUUCAACAUCAACUGUUGAGGAGGUUGAAGCAACUGAGAUAAAUUCAAAGUCUAAAGGUGUUAUACUUGCUCCCCCAAAACUUACUAAUGUUCCCUCAAAUGAACAAAAAGCUCCAGAAAAAAGCUCCAUUUUUACUAGUGGUCAAAACAAACCUAUGUUUGAUCAAUCCAAAUUUUUAUUUGGUAGUGCUGCUGCUGGUACUUCUAGUAAUAAAUCAAUUUUUUCAUAUUCAAGUGAUAACUCACCUAAAAAUCCAAAAGAUGAUGUGAAAUCAAUAUUUGGUGGAGCCCAGAAAGACUUUUUAUUUAGUAAUGUAGCACAAAGUAAAAUUUUUGGCCCAGGAUCAAUAGCUAGUAAUCAAUCGAAACCAAGUAUUUUUAGUACACAACCACAGACUGAAGAAAAAAAGAAUGUGUUCGUAAAUAAUGACUUGCAGUGUGGGAAUAACGCAACUAUUAAUUCUAAUCAGAAAAAAACAAAUGAAGACAUCUCAGAAAAAUCCAAUGUAGCCAAAAAAGAAGAGAUAAAUAGUGAAGGACCCUUCAGAAUUGAUAAUAAACUAUCAUUUGCUGCUUUGUCUACGGGUAGUGGUGAUAAUUUUCAGAAAAAGGCCGAUUUUCAAUGGGAGGGUGCAGGUCAGCAACUGUUUGCUGGUGGACAGAGAAUAGAGGGAGAUAAUUCUAAAACUGAAAGCAAUGCAGUAAACGAAAAAAGUGGAGCUGCAGGUGAUGAAGAAUAUGACCCAUAUUAUGAACCUAUUGUACCUUUACCUGAAAAAAUUGUGAUCACUACUGGUGAAGAGGAUGAGGAAAAAUUGUUUGGCGAAAGAUGCAAAUUAUUCCGUUAUAAUGAAUCUCAAGAAUGGAAGGAACGUGGUGUAGGCGAAAUAAAAAUUCUGUAUCAUCCAGAAAGAAAAACGUACAGAUUUUUAUUAAGAAGAGAACAGGUUCAUAAAGCUGUAUUGAAUAUGCUGUUAUUUGCGGAUUUGGAAUUACACCCAAUGAAAAAUUCUGAUCGAGCAUGGAUUUGGGCUGGGAUAAAUUAUGCAGAAGACCCAUCUGGUCAGCAGGAGACCCUAGCUGUCCGAUUUAAAUCGAUCGAACUGUUCAAUGAGUUCGGCAAUAAGGUCGCCCAAUGUAUACAGAAGCUGCAAGAUGAAACAGCUGCUAAGCCUAUUGAAGUGAAAAAAUCUCAAGAAACAAAUGAGGCCAGUUUCACCAAUCCCAUGCGGUUGCCGAAACAUUUGCAAGACAGUGCACGAGCAGACUACGCGAUGACGGCAAAAGUGGAACAGCAAACUCAGAGAGACGAAGUCGUGGACCCGAAACCAGAAGCUGUGUUCCAAGUCAGACCAUCACCGUCCAAAGAAAAUUUUCAACAAGUACAGUUCCAAGAAAUGCGCCAAUCAAAGGAAUAUGACGUUGAUGAAGAAUAUGACGACGAUAAUGGCGAAGAUAAUUAUGAUGAGUAUGAUCCCGACUAUGAGCACAAUGAAUACGACCAUGAAUACAAUGAAGAUGAAGAGGAAGAAUCUGGUGAAUAUUAUUCGUGUGAUGGAGAAGCAGUUAUCAAGCAAGGCAGUUCAGAAACGACGUGUGAGAACGCUCGCAUCAUCGUGAUAUUUGAUCAGGAUGUUUGCUCACCUAAAAUUCUGAUCACUGACAGUGGAACUGGAGAAAUCCUUGCCGAUAUGCUUAUAAGCACAGAUACUGAAUUUGAGAUUUCUAGUGAUACUACGUGCAAAUGGUCAGGAACGGACUUUACGAGCAAUGAUCCCGUUGAAAAGUCUGUAACAGUUAACUUCCCCGAUAGUGAAGUCGCAGCACAGUUCCAUGAAAGUUGUGAGACUUUAUGUAAAGGUGCAUCGCUGUACAGAUCAGAUCCAGAAUCGUAGGAAUAUUUCAAAGUAUUUUAAUAUAGUUUUAUAAUUUGUGUUUAAGAAGUAGGUUUUGUGCCACCUUGGUAUUUGAACAAAGUUAUCAUCAAUAUUUUCACAUAUUUUAUUAAUGUAAUAUUUAAUUUAAAAACAACAAGUAAAAUGCGAGUUUUUUUAAUGUAUGGUACAUUACCACCACCACCACCACUACCACUUAUGAAACUAUCACUGAUGCAUAUAAUUAUAAUGUUUAGUGUGAUUUUACAAAAAUCAAUAGCAGGCUGUCUGUGAGAUAUUUCAUAGUAAGUAUAGUACUUAAAAUAUUUUGUCUUACUAUUUACUAAAUCAUUUUGUUUUCAAUACAUUUAUAAUUAUCUUUUAAUAAAUAUGUGUUAUAACUUAUCACAAGGAGAUCUAACCAACACUUGUUACUUAUUUAUUAAAAAGAUAAAAAAGUAGUAAAUUAUUUUUGUAUUUUAUGUCGUUCCUAGUUGGUUAGGUCUUCUUGUAUUCCUUUCUUGUAUUAAGUUAAUAUGUAGAGCUGUAAACCUAUAAGUUUCAUAGUAACUUCACAGUUCAAUGAUUCAGUCAAAUAAAAAGACUACAGAAGAGGACAUAACUCAGAGUAAAAUUGACAUUAUUGAAGUAUAAAAAUGUAUGUUGUUAAUAAAUCAAAUAUCGUCGUGUUUCCCUGUAUUACGUGGAUUAUAACAUAAUUGAUAUUAUAGAAAUGAGAAAAGGAUUGAAUUUCAAAUUAUGACAUUAAACAGUAAAUAAAUGAAUAUAGGACGAAAAAAAAAAUCUUGUUCUCAUUUUGGAAUCUGAUGUGGAAUGUAUUGUGGAAUGUGAAGAACUUACUUAUAACGUAAUAAAGAUGUUGAAAUAGGAAA